AUGAAGCACAUCUGGACAGCUGUGCUGAGAAAGUUUGUGGGCCCUUUCCAGGCCUGCCACCCGCAAGGCACGUCCCCCACGUAGCCUCCUGCUAGCCACUUACUACUUAAAUAUUUUUUUUUCCCAAGAAGCAAUCAGCAACCCAAGCUUGAAUCUUUUUCUUCUCCCUUAUUUGAGGCGAGGCCACAUCACAUCAACACAGUUUAAUUUUCAUGGGGCUUUGCGAUCAAAAGAACAGAAACGGCAACAAAAGUCCAGCUGCCUUCUGAUACUAACUGACAAAGUGGGGACCCAGUAAGGUGUGAGUAAACAGGCCAAGCUGGGUCAUGGGGAGUUUCAUAGGUCAUGCUCUCCCUGGGACUUUCUUCAUCCUGAUGGGCUUUUGGUGGACUACAAAGAGCAUUCUGAAAUCUGUCUAUAAAAAACAAACUCGGACCUGCUAUCUGAAUUCUAAAACAUUAUUACGUCGAAUAGAGAUUUGGGAAGGAGUUGUUGUGGUUAUAAUGGCUCUUACUGGUAUAGUUGGGGAACAGUUUAUCUCAGGAGGACCCGCCUUGAUCUUGUAUAAAGAUGGCCAAUGGAACCAGAUCCUGGGCUGGCAUCACACCACCAUGUACUUCUUCUUUGGUCUACAGGGUGUAACCCAGAUCGUAUGUUUUACUACUAAUGCACUUCCGCUUUCCUUAAGCAAGUUGAUGUUAGCGAAUGCCAUCUUUGUGGAGACAUUUAUCUUCUACAACCACACACAUGGUCGGGAAAUGGUUGAUAUUUUUGUACACGAACUUCUGUCCUACACCACCACAGCAGCGGGUCUAGUUGCCUUCAUGGAGUUCCUCACAAAGAACAAUGUACUUCUGGAGCUCAUGCGGUCGAGUCUCAUCCUAUUACAAGGAACCUGGUUCUGGCAGGUUGCUUUUGUUCUGUACCCUCCUAAAGGAAGAGCUACAUGGAAUCUGUCCGAUAUUGGAAAUAAAAUGUUUCUCUCAAUGUGCUUUUGUUGGCAUUAUGCAUCAAUUGUCAUGCUCAUCGGAGUAAUAUUUGCGUUGGCCAACUGGUUAGUUAAAUCUAGACUUAGGAAGGUCUGCACCUCAGAAGUUGGACUCCUUAAACAUGUUGACCGUGAACAAGAAUCAGAAGAAGAAGUAUGAUGUUGAUGGGCAUCAAGUCUUUCUAGAUAAACCUUCUCAUUUUGGGUUGCCUGUUUCUUUUGACUCGAGAACAGUUCUCUGAGGCUGACUCCAUACUGUUUGUAUUUCCAGUUUUGUUAAAGUGUUGGACUUUAAAUAUCUUACUUUCAGCUCUGAAAGUACUGUGGGUGAUAAAUUCACUUUGCAUAUUAUGCAUGCAUGUAAUUCAAGAGCAACCAUAAUUUUUUCCAAAGUCAUAUAUUGUUCCAUGUUCAUUUAUUAAAAUUACAUAUUUUAUUUUUCCUGAUAGAUACCUUCAAGCCUUGUGGUCUUGCCAUCACUAUAAUACAUUAAAUGUUCAAUUCUACUUGUUUAUCUUGUUGCCACAAUGAAAAAAAAAUAAAUGAAUUCAUGCACCUUGGUACAGAAACCUCAAA